UUAGGUUAUCAAUAUUCCCAAACGCACUGUUUUGUUAUUCCUUUACUGUUUUUCAACAUGAGUGUCUUAACCGAAUCCAUUGCUUUUGAAGCCAUUGCUGUUUUGACAACGACCAUCGUUAUAAUAAUAGCGUGGUGUAAAUGGCAAUUAUCAUACUGGGAACGAAUGGGUGUACCAACUUUAACACCAACAUUUCCGUUUGGCAACACUCAAGACUUUAUUCUUGGACGCAAAUCAUUUGGUGAACAAACUCGCGAUUUGUACAGGGCACUUAAAGACAAAGGAUAUCGGAAACAUGCUGGUAUUUAUUUAGGACUUAAACCAUUUUAUUAUGUGAUUGAUCCAGAUCUUAUAAAACAAAUUCUGCAAAAAGAUUUCCAGCAUUUUGUCAACCACGGCAAUUAUUUAAACGAAAAAGAUGAUCCUUUGACGGGAAAUUUGUUUUCUUUAGAAGAUACAAAAUGGAGAAACAUGAGGGUAAAACUCACACCAACAUUUACUUCUGGAAAGAUGAAAAUGAUGUUUCAAACAUUAGCUGAUUGUACGGUUGGAUUGAAAGAGAUUAUGGAUGCAUCAGCAACAAACCGCACGUCUGUAAACAUUAAAGAAAUUUUGGGUCGAUUUACCACUGAUAUCAUUGGUUCGGCUGCUUUUGGUCUGGAAUGUAAUAGUCUUAAAGAUCCAAAUGCACCAUUCAGAAAGUAUGGGAGACGUGUUUUUGAAAUAAAUAAAAUUGAUCGAUUAAAAUUUAUGUUACAAUUUAUGGUACCACAUAAUAUAUUGCGUGCUUUGAAGUUCAGAAUUACAAAAGCUGACGUGGAAAAAUUCUUCAUGAAAGCAGUUAAAGAUACUGUCGAUUACAGAGAAAAAAAUAACAUUUAUCGAAAAGAUUUCAUGCAUUUGCUUUUGCAACUGAAAAAUCGUGGUGCAGUUGCAGAUGAUGGAAAAAUAACAGAUGACCAUGGAAACACAGCACAGGCAGCUUUAACUAUGAAUGAGCUUUCAGCACAAGCUUUCGUAUUCUUUUUGGCCGGUUUUGAAACAUCAUCGACAACAAUGACUUUUGCUUUGUAUGAACUGGCAAGGAAUUCAGAUGUGCAGGAAAAACUAAGACAAGAAAUAAAUACAGUACUAGAAAAACAUAACAAUGAACUGACAUACGAAGGAAUUAUGGAAAUGACUUACAUGGAUAAAGUACUAAAUGAAACUUUGCGAAAACAUCCACCAGUUCCAUUCUUGCCUAGAAAAUGCACGAAAGACUAUACUGUUCCACACACAUCCAUCGUAAUAAAAAAAGGAACGUCUGUCACUAUUCCAGUUUUAGGGCUACAUAUGGAUCCGGAAUAUUAUCCCGCUCCAGAGAGGUUUGAUCCUGAACGAUUUUCUGAAGAAAAUAAAAAUUCUAGACCUGCAUUCACUUGGAUACCAUUUGGAGAAGGCCCACGAGUAUGCAUUGGUUUACGUUUUGGAUUGUUACAAAGUAAAGUUGGUCUAACGACACUUUUACGGAAUUACAACAUUAAACUGAGUAGUAAAACUACAUUGCCUCUUCAGCUGGAUAAGAAUACCUUGAUCAGGACUGUAUUCGGUGGCAUGUGGAUUGAUGUUGAAAAAAUAAAUUAAAAUAAAUAUUGUAUAUUUGUAAUGAACUAAAUUGUGACAAGCAUAAGCUGAUUAGGACUGUAUUGAGUGGCAUGAGGAUAGAUAUUAAAAAACUGAAUUUAAAUAAA